AUGAACCUCAACCAAAGACAUGUCUUGUCUGCCGCCAUUGCAGCCUUCAUCGCAUGGGGUCUUGCAGUCCGCGCCCUUCCCGUCUUGCGCUUCCUGGGAUACGCUUUCACCCUUGGCUCUCUGGUCACUCUUGUGAUUCUGCUUGCAGCAACCCUUGGUGUCUCUAGGUCGCGCGCCGCCUACCAGGCCCUGUCCGAGCCUCCCAAUGCGUCCCCUGCCUUUCUUCUCCCUCCGAAGUGGGACUCCGAAGUAUCAGCUCUCCGAGUCUCUCAACACUACCAACCUCUCCAUCUCUACGACCAAUCCUUUGUCGUCUCCCAAGCCCUUGAGGCUCUGAUUGGUCUUGCCCUCCGCGACUUCGUGUCCUCCUGGUACCAGAACAUUUCCAAGAGUCCGGUCUUCAUCAAUGAAGUGGACAAAAAUAUUCGCGCUGUGUUGGUGGAGAUCAGAGACCGGAUCCUCGCCGAGGACAUGGUCAAUGUCGUCGUGUCCAAGAUUGUGCCCUUGAUCACCGCACAUCUGCGUGAUUUUGACCAGGCCGAACGAGUUGUUCGAGGCCGCAGCUUGAAUCGCAAUGUUACCGAAUCCGAAGAGCUGGAAUUGGCUAUUGCAGCCAAGUACAAGGAUGGAAAGCUGCAUCCUGCUGCUGCCCUUGCGUACUCGGAUACAAAGACGGUCCAGCAAGACCACCUUCGGAAAACCCUGGUCCGCAUCCUGCCGGACCUUUUAUCCCCAAGCAUGAUGGGCAGUCGCGCCACCCUGGUGCUCGUAAAGGAAAUUGUCGCCGGCGCUGUGCUGUUUCCGAUCAUGCAGUUGCUUUCUGAUCCGGACACGUGGAACCAAAUCGUCGAAGCCUAUGGACGGACCGCUUUACAGGACAGAAAGACAGUGCGCAGAAUGAGAGCGGCUUUGGAUCAGCACGCUUCUCCCGUCCCCCGAAGCAAAACCGGUCAAGAGUUGCCACGUUUAGCACCCAAUGACAGCGAGCGUGCUUUUGAGCGAUUUGUUAGAGCCAUUCGCAAAACCAAGAACCUGUCAGAUGCUCGACGGUUCCGGAGCUCAGUCGCGAGCCAGAUUCAGCGCGAGAGCCUGGUCGAAGGUCAGGAUCCCGUCUACCUGCGGAGGUUGGAAAUGGCCAAACGCGUGUUGGACCAAAAGAUUGCCAAACUCACCCAGACCGGACCCGUUCCGCAGGCAGUGAUGCCACAGCCUGACUCGCGGCCCAUCCCAGCUUCGAAGCCCCGCGAAUGGACCAUGGUAGAGAUUAUGCAUACUGCCUCAGGACUAUCGUAUUUCAUGGAGUUCAUGGAUCGCCAGAAUCGUAUGUCUAUGGUACAGUUUUGGGUGGUGGUCGACGGCUUCCGCAAUCCCCUUGAGGACGAUUUCGGGGAUGAGUUGAACCCAGCUAUUCAACAAAAUUGGACCGAUGCAGAUCGUAUGGACAUUGCUCAAAUUAGUGAAAAAUACAUGUUAAAGGAAGAAUUGAACAUUCCACAAGAGUCCAAGGAUGCCAUCAAAGCCUUCUUGGCCGCUGGACGGAAGGCGACUCCUCAACAAUAUCGAGCUGCUAGAACUGCCAUUCUGGCCGCUCAGUCUGCCGUCCUGGAAGAGUUGGAAACACGACAUCUGCCAAACUUUAGAAAAUCCGACCUCUACUACAAAUUUCUGGCUUCUGCCGAAGCAGCCGCAGCACGUCCUCGCCUGCAAAGUACAGGCACCCUUUCUGAGGGGAACGGGCAGGUUGCAACUGACACUAGCAGAGCCCUAACCCAGGGUCCUCCUGUGACGAAAACCAGUUCCCAACUUGCCAUGCGAAAUAAAGAUCUAAGGCGAGCUGCCGUGUCGUCGUCGGAUGUUCGAAGUUUGGCCUCUUCCAAGUUGUUUGACGAUGGAGAUUUUGCCAAACGAUCUAGCGGUUCCACGCCCUUGUUCGACGAUGGUUAUGACACUGACCCGUUGGCACAUUCCACUCACAGCCUCGGACACGAGUCCCUGAAUGGCGACUCCCUAGAUCAGCGUGAGGUCAUUGAGAAUAUGGAGGCGGCGAUGAAUAACAUUAUGACUGACAGCCCGAUGGAUGAGACCAUGGGCUACGAUGACGAUACACUGUUUGGUUCCCCGGUGUCGGCGACCAAAUCUGCGAAGAACAUCGACUCGCCCCGUAGCUCCCUCGAUAUCCCCGGCAUUGACCAGGCCAACAGACCCAAACCUAGCCUGGCAACUCUCGGACUUGUCAACACCUCCUCCCGUAUCGGUGUAUUCACCGACAACGAUCUCUUUCCUGACGAAGAAAAGUUUAUUGAGGAUGAAUACGUCGACAAUGACGACAAUAAAGGGGACAAUGGAGACGAGGACGAGAUCCAUGAGGCUGCGCCAGGGGAUCUCGGCCUUGCUGAAGCGAUCACAGCUCUUAAUAACGAUAUAGAGCGUUUGGUAGCCCAAGAAUCCGUGGUGGACACAUUGACUCGUAAGGCUGAGCUAACAAACAAUAUCGCGGAGCUGCGAAUUCUGAACAAAUCCAAAUCCAGUCUCCAGAGGGAAAUCCGUCGCAAGGAGCUUCAGCGUCAGCAAUAUAUUGUCCAGGAAAGCGACAACAGUUUGUAUGGUCGAUCCAGCAUCUCUAUCAAGUCUGUUGUGGUGGGAAAGGAAGACGACGGCCGGGAAUUUGCGCUGUAUGUUAUUGAAGUGCAGAGACAGGCUGGUGACCAAAUGCCGGCAGCAGUAUGGGCGAUUCCUCGACGAUAUUCCGAAUUCCAUGAAUUACAUCAACGACUACGACGCAGAUACCCUUCAACCAGGAAUCUCGAAUUCCCUCGGAGGAGGGUUGUGAUGAAGCUUCAAAAGCAAUUUCUGCAGAACCGGCGUCUUGCACUGGAGCAUUACUUGCAACAAUUACUCCAAAUGCCCGAUGUAUGUCGAAGCAGAGAAUUACGUUCGUUUCUCUCACAGUCAAGUAUCAAGUCACACCAGGACACCAGCAAAGAGUCCAACGCACAAGAUAUCGUGACUCGGAUUUACAAUUCUGUCACCGAGGGCAUGGAUGAGUUCCUGGGUAACGUGUCGGUCCUGGAUCAACUAUCUGUAGCGGGACAGAACCUGAUUUCGGCCGCCACAAACCAGCUGGGCAUGAAUCAGGCUGACAUUGUUCCUCUGGAACCCGGUCCAGUGGCCGAGGCUGAGGCGGAGUUGGCAGCUUUUGAGGACAAGGAACUGGAGCCGUUUGUGAAGCCAAUCUGUGACAUUUUUCUCGAGACGUUCGAGCUGAAUCGAGGCAACAACUGGCUUCGGGGGCGUGCCGUGAUAGUGGUUCUUCAUCAGCUGCUCGGAGGGACCAUUGAACGCAAAAUCCGCGAAAUCUUUACAGGGUUUGUGCAAGAGGAAUCACUCCUCAGGUACAUUGACAUGAUCAAGGAGACCAUGUGGCCCGGCGGAGGCAAGAUGAGAGAGGCCACGCCACGAACAGCUGCGGACAAGAAGAAGUCAAAGUCGGAGGCGGCGCUGAUGUUGGCCACGCUGAUCCCUGACCUGGCUGGAAAUGUGGUGGGAAGAGCCAAUGCGCAAGCCGCUGCCAGAAGGAUCACGGCCACCAUGAACAACGCGCGACUCAAUCAGCAUCUCGUCUUUACGAUUCUUGAUGAGGUCGUUGGGGUGCUGUUUGAUCCUGCGAAGAAAGGGGGGUUCUCUUGA